CAUCCUGUGCGCGCUCCUGAGGACUUUGAGGAACGCGAAAUGCGCAUGCGCAGCCAGACGUGGCAGCGGCAUCAUGGCUUCUUGGACCCGAUACGGGAGACGCAGGGGAGAGCUUGAGAUGUAUAUAUUCUUAUGUGUGGUUGUGGUUGUGUCCACACUGCAGGCAGUGAAAGUGUCGCCGUUAAUAGAGAGAGUCAGUGACCAUAAGGAAUUCAAAAAGCUGCUCAGGACCAGAACCAAUGUCCUUGUUCUUUACACUAAGUCAGCUACAUCUGGAGAUGUUCAUCUGAAGCUGCUGUCUGAUGUAGCCCAAGCAGUGAAAGGCCAAGGGACCAUCGCCUGGGUGAACUGUGGGGAUUCUGAGGGUCGCAAACUCUGUAAGAAGGUGAAAGUGGAUCCAAGUUCAAAGACAGCUGGAUUUGAAAUCCUCCAUUACAAAGAUGGGACCUUUCAUACAGAAUACAACAGACCAGCCACACUUAAGUCCAUGGUAGCAUUCCUGAAAGACCCCACAGGCGCCCCACUAUGGGAGGAGAACCCUGAAGCUAAAGACGUCGUUCACAUCGAGACAGAGAAAGACUUUAAGAAGCUGCUGAAAAGAGAAGAGAAACCCAUCCUCAUGAUGUUUUAUGCCCCCUGGUGUGGUGUAUGUAAGAGGAUGCAGCCCAUCUUCCAACAAGCUGCCACAGAGACGAAAGGGAAAUAUGUAUUGGCAGGGAUGAACGUCCACCCAGCAGAGUUUGAUGGACUUAAGCAGGAGUUUGACAUCAAAGGCUACCCAACCUUCUGCUACUUUGAGAAGGGAAAGUUUCUGCAUCACUAUGAGAACUAUGGAGCCACAGCCAAGGACAUUGCAGACUGGCUUAAAAACCCACAGCCUCCUCAGCCCAAGACCCCUGAGGUACCGUGGGCAGAUUCGGACUCGGCUGUCUUUCAUCUGACUGACGAGUCCUUUGACACAUUUUUGGAGGAACAUCCCUCAGUCCUGGUUAUGUUUUAUGCUCCCUGGUGUGGCCAUUGCAAGAAGAUGAAGCCUGAAUAUGAUGAAGCGGCUGAGAUCCUCAACAAAGAGGCAGAUAGUCCAGGUGUAUUAGCAGCAGUGGAUGCCACCAUCCAUAAAUCUGUGGCUGAGCGCUUUAAGAUCUCAGGCUUCCCUACUGUGAAGUACUUUGAGAAAGGAGAGGAGAAGUACACACUACCACAGCUACGGACCAAAGACAAGAUCAUUGAGUGGCUGCAGAAUCCACAGGCUCCCCCUCCUCCUGAGCAGUCAUGGGAGGAGAAGCCAUCCAGUGUGAGUCACCUCAGGGCCGAGGACUUCAGAGAGGCUCUGAAAAAGAAGAAGCACGCCCUGGUCAUGUUCUACGCUCCCUGGUGCCCACACUGUAAGAAUGCCGUCCCCCACUUCAUUACAGCUGCUGAGGCUUUCAAAGAGGACCGCAAGAUUGUGUAUGCUGCUGUGGAUUGCACCAAAGGCCAGAACCAUGAGCUGUGUAAGCAGGAGGGUGUAGAAGGGUAUCCAACCUUUAACUACUACAAUUAUGGCAAAUUCAGUGAAAAAUACAAUGGAGAGAGAGGGGAGGCUGGUUUCACCGGUUUCAUGCGAAGCCUAAGAGGGCGGGACCAAGAGAAGGUGGGAAAACGAAAAGAGGAGCUCUAAGAAUGUGGGUGUGGCUAUUAACAGGGGAGGAGCCUGUCAUUGCACUGUGACUGGGCAGGGACCUUCUAGCACUGAUGCCACACAUGUGAAAACCUCAGCUUAAAGAGAGGAUAUUUUUAUACAGCCUUAUGUUUGUAAUACCAAUGUUCAGCCACAAGACCACUCGAGACUUGGCUUUGUUUUUUUCAUUGACAUUUUGUGACAAGGACAAUUGCUCCCAAAUACUGUGACAGUUAAUCAAACUACAUCUUAAAUCUAUGCAAUACUAAACACUCACUCUACAGCUCUUAGUGACCGGUGGCUUCUGGGUGAAGCGGACACUUCAGCUACUUUACAUAAGUCACCCAAAGCUCUCCUUGACAAUGACAGUCUCCUUUAUUAUUGCCAUUCCCACCUUUGUAAAGAGGACCCAUAAUGUAUACAAUCACAUGUAUGAGUAUUUUUGUACAAAAAAAUGUGACAUCCUGGACUAGAAAGAAAAUAGAAGAAAAGGAAAAUGUAGCUCAAAAUUGUGGCCUUAAAUGUUUGAAUACGUUUUAUUCAAGUGGUGCAGUGCACCCAGGACUAUUUCAGAGAUUUAGUGGGGCCAAAAUACAAAAGAGCUAGUAGCUUUGUCGUUCCUUGUAUUGUUGUGUGUGAUUGAUUGUCCUCUGUUGGGGGGAAAAAAAAAAUUUAAGAUGCCAAAAGUAUAAUUUAGCAGUGAAGGAUAAACUAAGCCCCAAAUUAGUUGAUGUAUUUAGUUUUUGUUUAUUCCUGAUAAUCAAUUUCCAUACCUUCACGUAAAUAUCAGGUGGCCAAGAGCUCUAUUAAAAACAAUUAAACAUUGCAGUGCAGACCCAGUGUGAAUCUUUGUACUGCAUAGUAAACUGACGUUCAGAUUUUAUGAUUAGUGCAGGAACCAUUAAAAGGCUGAGAAUGAGGAAUUACAAAUGUUUCUGGUCAAUGCAGUUGUCUAAUUAAGUUUAAUCAAGUUUCAUAGAGAUUUGGACUGGUGUAAGGGCAUUUAAUAUUAACAUAUUACUGAUGGUCCUCACUUUUCCUGGUUGAUCUUGACAAAAAUUAAUCUGGCCAAACGAGCAAGUUCAUUUGGAUGACAGCCUUCACUUCCAUAUUAUGCAACACUUAUGUAAUAUUCAUUCUAUACCUUUUUAAUAAGAAAUUAUUUUUAAGUACCUCUCCUCUUGAUUUUCUCUUAUACAGAACAAACCAACUGACAUUUGUAUUAGUGACAGAAAAGAAAGAAAUCCUUUUUGAAAUGUGGUUGAAGUGGUGCUUGAGUGCACUCUUCAUCUAAUCAGAGUGGUAAUGAAGGUUUGAGAAGCAAUCUGAUUAAUACAUCAUACCAGGACCAUUACAUUGUACCAUUAUACUCUCUGAGGCAUCUUCGCUACUGUGUUGGGAAAUCCCUGAUCAAGGCAGUGUACACAUUUAAUAAGCUUAUCUUUAGGUAAACGUGUUUUAUUCUUCAAGAGAUUGAUUCUUUUCAUUCUGAAUAAAGUUCUCAGGGAUAGCAAAACACAUUUUAGCUGGGUACUUGGAGCUUGUGUUACUGAAUUCUGAAUUGUUUACAUUUGUCUGUGGGAGAUUGUUUAUGUCAGGAUUUGGUGUGAAAUGUGUUGGCAAAUUAUGGCAGAAAUUAUUAACUCCAUUGAGCCAAGGAAAGCUCAGAAAAAAUCAGAAGGGUAACAAGUCACAAGUGCUACAUUUAUAUCACUCAGUCAAUCGAUCUUAUUGCAACUGUAGCCAGAGGAAGGUAAAGACAGCUAGUUUCAACUUGGUUCUAAAUACUUAACACUUGGUUGUUAUUUAUGCAUCAACAGGAGGGAACCAUCAAAAGAAUGCCUACUGUAUCUCUCGUACUAAAGAACAUUAGCCAGUGUGUCAGUUUUCUCUCAUUUUGUGGUCCAGAAAUUUCUGUACCUAAGCAUUUGUCUGUUGAAGGAAGUCCAGCUUUGUCCCAAAGGUAUCCAUAUCACAUUGAUGCCAAGAAGUCACUUUCAGCUGUCUUUGAUUUAUGCACCCAGCCAUAUGUACAGUUUGGGCCCAGUGAAUAAACACGAUGCAAAAUAAAAAGGCAUACAUUUCCAAGA